AUGGCCGAAUCUCCCUAUCCUUCAACGCUGAACGGCGUCUUUGAUGCUCCGCUCAAGGAGCGAUAUGAUCCCGUUCGUCUAACCUCCGACAACAUCCUACCGAUCCUCGAGCUGCCCCUAGCAAAGAUCGUCCUGGGCCAUGAUGCUUCCGAUAACGAAUCGAUUGCCAAAGUUGCCACCGGCGAUAUCUCUUAUACCACAUUUAUCGCGAACCAGGCCCAGGCUGUUCUUCGAGCCUCGCACGCGGACCUGACCCAGGAGCAAGUGAAGUCUCAGCUUCUACAUGUUGGCUUGGCUGCUUUAUUCAGCUUCCUACAAUCAAAUGUUACUGGCCCACCACUGGAAUUCAACUCUGCCGAUACUGUCAUUCCUUCCUCCCUGCGCAGCGAUGUCGUAACCCUUCGAACGGUUCGAGCGAAGAUCAUCCGGGACCUGUCGGUGGAUGGAGAGGCAGCCUACAAAUUAACGCCCAACCCAGAGCUCUUCUCCGUGGCCAAAGCUCUCUUGGUGGAUAAAAGCAGUGAUGGAUCAGUUCUCGCCAAAACUGCUCGUAUGCGCGUCAACUUCCUUCACCAAAAGAUGCUUUCCGAAGUGGCCAGUACCUUGCAAGAUGUGAUAUAUAAAGAUGUUGAGCAAUUGGCAAAAGCAGGUCUGGAUGCCGACGAGACUGGACGGUUUAUGUUAGAGCGUGCGAUCAUUCAUACUCACCACGGCUUCGAUGGCAAGGCGCGAGCAGAUCUUGACCAAGCGUCCCAGGUCCGGAAAUUCGAAUUUGCUUUGACUGGUAAGAUGGGCAAGAGGACGAAAUUCCAAGAACGUGAUACCAGCCAGCUUGUGGUUUUGGCCAAGAGCGCAGACGAAGGAACAAAAUCUACAGAGUCCUCAGGCCCUAAGAAGCUGGACUUGAAUGACGAUACCCUCCUUGAGGCCAUCUCUUUCGCCGAUAAGAAAUCAUCCACUGUCCAAGAUGAUCUCUCGGAGGUGCUUCAAUCCGUUGAUCCAAAUGAUCAGCCUAUUCUGAACCCGGUUGAUUCGGCCAUCUUGCUGGCGAUGGCCUCAGCAAUCACCAAUACCGCUCCUGAGAACGGCUUGACCCGCGAGGAGACACAGCCUUACGCAACUCGAGUGUUGGAGGGUGGUAGCUCAAACUGGCAAAUAUAUACAGAGGCACUGUUGGUUCGAAGUCGUGUGGAGGGAUAUCGAUCGCGCACAGUUGAAAGAGCUGUCCUCCAGAUGCAAGCCCUUGUCGAUCAAGUUCUUGCCGAUACAGCAACAGAUGACUCUGCUGCGCAGCAGCCUUCAUCUGAACCGACUACCUUCCUGCCCCGUCCAGAGAAGUCAGAAUCUGCUCCUGCCGCAGACAGAUUGGAGUACAUCUGGCUCCUCAAUUUCUCAACCAGGUGGCAUCUAGAGGCCGAGCUUGCUAAACGUUGGAUCGAACUGGGUGGACUUCGUACUGCGCUCGAGAUCUAUGAGCGACUUCACAUGUGGGCCGAGGCAGCAUUGUGUUACGCUGCAACUGAGCGCGAGGCCAAAGCCAAGGCAAUUGUUCGCCGACAGCUCUAUGAAGCCAAGGGUGAAGAUGAAGAUGACGAGAAUGAGUUGUUUGAAGGCCCAGAGCGAUCAGUCCUCCCGGCAGAUGCUCCUCGUCUCUUCUGUAUCCUGGGAGAUAUUGAUAAAGAUGAAACGAUGUACGAGCGUGCUUGGGAUGUGUCAGAGCAGCGCUAUGCUCGAGCUCAACGGUCUCUUGCCCGGCAUUAUUUGGCCCUCACGCCACCCGAACUGGAGAAGGCCGAAGCGGCCUACAAACAGAGCUUGCAUAUCAAUCGCCUCAAUAACAGUUCGUGGUUUGCCCUUGGCUGUGUCCAGCUCGAACUGCAGAAAUGGCAUGAUGCGACCGAUUCUUUCACUCGUGCUGUGCAGCUAGAUGACACCGACGGAGAAGCAUGGAGUAAUCUAGCUGCCGCCAUGCUGCGGACCCCGGCACCAGAGCCAACACCAGAGGUAGUAAUCGACGAAAGCACGGGCGAACAGUCUACUAUUGAAGCUGAUCCACACAAACGCAAACGUGAGGCUUUGGCGGCGUUGCAGCGUGCUGCUCAGUUGAAAGGUACAGAUGCUCGUAUCUGGGAUAAUGUCCUGACAGUAGCGGCAUCGAUUCCGCCACCUUCAACUCCAUUCCGCGAUGUUAUCAUGGCCCAGAAGCGUGUCAUUGAGCUUAUUGGUGCGAAGAAGGGCGAAAAGUGCAUCGAUCUCCCAAUUCUUGGCAUGCUUAUUGACUUUCUGAUCACUGCUUUUGAGUACGACUCCCUCCUUAUUCAAUCUGAUGAUGGCCUCGUUGUUCGGACUGGCACAAUCCCUGGCCAGAUUCUUUCGCUUGUGGAUAACAACGUCGUCCCUCUUAUCACUCACUCCUCUACCCUCUGGCUCCUUGUCUCCCGCGUCGAAAUGUUCCGCAAUCGACCUAGCCGUGCCCUCGAGGCCCAGGAAAAAGCCUGGCGCGCCACCGUCGCAGCUUCUGCCCAGGGUGCUUUCCAGAUGGGUGAUGAGAAGCCGUGGCUUGAGGUUGUGCGGUCUACUGAAAAGCUCGUGCGUGAGGGAUAUGCGCGAUACGGACCUAUGGAUCGUGAAGAUCAAAAGCUCGAAGGUGACGCCGAGGCAGAGCCGGUUGCGCGUGACUGGCGAUUCAAGGCCAGAAGUGCUGUACGAGGAAUUAUGGGCAAAGGAAAGGAGUUCUGGGAAGACAGCGAAGGCUGGACUCGUCUGACUGAGCUCCAGAGCGAAGUCACAGGCAACUAG